AUAAACCGCAAUGGAGCAAAAUAUGGGCGUGUGUGGUUAAAGGAUGUGUUUGCGCGUGCAUGUGCGCGCGCGGGGGUGGCGUGAACAUUUUUCUUGUAAAACAAAGGGGGGCCUGGCAAAAAAGUUUGGGAACCACUGAGUUAGGAAAACAUAACAUUUGAAGACAAGUCUCGAAAAAGUACUACAAUACGUUAUUAUUAGUAUUAAUAGCUAUUACUGCUCACAAACCCGCCUACAAUACGAGCCAAAUACGUGAGAGCUCGCUUUUAUGGAUUCAGUGGUGUUUUUGCCGCUGUGGAAAGUGGACAUCACAGCAGAGGACGGAACAUUACAGUCACGCAGGGGUUUCCCUUAUAUCAGCUGAGCACCGGACUGUACCAUUACCCUGCCUUAUGGGGGACACACUAGGGAAAACGGACACAGUUAAAAUAAUUACAUCCAAGUGUGCCCAGAAAUAAUAAUUAUCGGGAAGCAUUUAUACAUACAAACUUCGAUGUAAUUAAAGUUCACGAGCGCUGUAUUCAGAAUGUUCGGGAUUUGUCCGAAUACCACCCGCAAUUCGUGUAGGCUUCCAAAAAUGGCGGCGGUUUCUGUCAGUGUGGAGUGAAACUUUCCUAUUUUCAGCGAAAUUCUUCCUCCAUUCUAGCAUUUUGUCGACUGUAGUCGAGUGUUUAUUAAAGUAGGCAUCUUCGGAAGACACCGGCGUUUGACAGUCGUCGUCAGGACUGAGGGGGUGACUCUAAGCUCCGGUUUUGAGCACCAAAUCGCUGAGCUUCCUUCGAAGUUGACGGUAGCUGAGUGCCUGACAUUGCGAUCAUAGCGACUGUUGUCAUCGUAUCGCUUAGCGCCGAGCCGUCAGGUGAGAUUGGACGUCGGUCGAUUAGCAGUAGAUAGCUUUGCGGCCAAAGGGCGUCGGAAACAAAGCGGUUGGUGUUUGUGUGUGUGGAUCGAGCCGGGGCAGAUUACAGAUCCCGAGGACGUGUCACGUCACCUGUCAGUUGGAAUAAAUAGGUGCUGUUGGAUGUCACCGCCACUCUGUGCCGCACUGAAUUUGGUUUGCUAGCGUCGUCCAUCCUGGCAAAUCAAAUGGAGAAGCUUCAGGACCUCAGCCAAUCAGAGCUACAGGAGCUCCUGGACAGUCCGGAGAGGGUGGAAUCGAUGGCUCUGGAGUCCGAUGAGAUCCAGAACAUCCAGCUGGAGAGAGAAAUGGCUUUGGCAUCAAAUCGCAGCCUGGCUGAGCAAAACCUGGACAUGAAGCCUCGCUUGGAGUCGCAGAAGGAGCUGCUGGUGGAGAGAUAUUCUCAACUAGAGGCAGUCAGAGAAACCUAUAGACAGCACUGCUCCCUGAAAGAUGGCAUGGCAGGUCAGGUGUCUCCAGAAGCGCUGUUCUCAAGACUACAGACAGAGGGCAGCAAAACAGAAGAAGAGUCAGAGGCUCUAGCAGAUGAGUUUCUGGAGGGAUCUCUUCCGCUGGACUCCUUCCUCGACCGAUUCCUCUCCCUGCGCUCACUCGCUCACAAAAGACGCGUACGGAUAGAGAAACUCCAAGAAAUCCUGCGACAGAGGAGCGAGGGCAAUGCCACCGCCAUGACGUCGUCAGCAUGCCUGAAAGAGGACUCUGCCACCCCGCUGUCACCGUGGGAUCAACAGACAACAACAGCAACGACGACGAAUCAACAGCAGCCGAGUUCCAAACCUCAGAACGCCUCUCAGCCCGUGUCCUCGUCUGCAGGGGGCUCAUCUGGGCUCCCCUACAGUCCGUACCCCGUGUCGGGCCCUACUCCUCCUGCUGUAGUGGCAGCAGCAGGUUCUGUUCCAGCCAAUGCCCCGUCACAGUUCCCUCCUUACCCAGGUCCCACUUCAGCUUUCCCUCCGGCAGGGAGCUACUCUGGCCCUAGCCCCCCUUUUGGGCCUCCAGCUUCGGCCAGCUGCCCUUACCCGGCCCAGCCCUCCUUUCCUUCGCCACAUCCGGGCUCAGCAUUUGGCCAGUACACCCCGAGCCACGCUCAGAGUGGCCCUGCGCCCUACCCGGCCUCCUACAGCUACGGGGGCUACAGCUACCCAUCUGGGCCAGCCUAUUCCAAUUCUCAGUCAGCAACAGGGAGACCCAUGUACAGACCGGGAUAUGGAGUUCCACAGCCGUACUCCUGAAAGCACUGCUGCUCCGCUGUCUCUCUUCUUCUUAAAUCUUUCCUCCUUUGCUGUCUCACCAUUUUCUCUUCCCUCACUCCUGCUCUCCUCGCCCUGUCCUUUCUCCGAUGCUCCCAGACUCAAGAGGUCUCUCGCUUUACUUUGUUGCACUAUUUCUCUAAUAUCAGUCUGUCUCUGUUUAUUUCUUUGCCCUUCCUUUGUCGACCCACCAACUCCCCCUACUCUGGUCUCAGGUUGUUGCGUUUGUGUUUAAGCGUUCAAACACUGUCUCUGGCUCACUCACCUUCUUCCUUCUGCACAUCGUUGUCUCCUCCCUCCUCUUCCAUGUCAUUUGUGUGUGUGUGUGUGUGUGUGUGUGUGUGUGUUGCUGUUUGGCAAUCAGAAAGUCCUUAUAGACACAAGUGCACUCCCCCUUAUGACAAAUACAUGGCAAGAAUCACACUCUGUGACAGUGUCCCCAUCCCCUGCCAUAGUCUGUGUGGUUCACAUUGUUUUCUGUGAGCACCGACGAGAUAUGGAAGCUUUAUGUUCUGCUUUGAUGACCUCUGGGCGUAAAUGAUGCCAUUAAAAAGGAGAAGGCCGGUACACAGUACGAUUCUUACAUGAAGUUAAAGUGCAGGGUUUGAAGUUCCCAUAUUCUUAUCUGUAGCUGCCCGGAUAUUCAGCUCUUCCAGUUGCAAGCGAAUGUGAACGCGGCCACUUUGUUUCCUUUAACCAAAGAAACUUCUGCUGAUGACACUGCUUUCAUUCCUCUUCCUUUCAUUAGUGUUGGACAGAGGAAGCAAACUGCAGCAAGAGAUGUCACAGUACUACGUUUGUAGUAGUGCACACCAAUGCCAGUAGCAGAUACCAGAGUAGAAACAGCCGGUGACUAUCUCAACAGCAGCAGCAGUGUGCGCACUGCCCCUUUAAAACAAGAGCCCACCGUGUGUAACCUACAGUACACUACACAGAAAAUACCACGUGUAUUUCCAGGUCACAGUACAUGUACAGCAUUUGGAAGCUACUGUAAGCAUUGGUGCUGCGACGUCCCCAGCUGCAGCUGUGUCAGCAGCUUCUCCUCUCAGCCCUGCUUAAAGCACUCGAAGAGGAAACAGGCAGACUUGGAAAAUUCUUCAGAUUCCUGAUCCCGACUGUGAUGUCCUUUCCUACUUUUCUGUAAAGUCAACAAACAUGUCUGUUUCUGUGAGUGGAAGCCUAGCUGGAGAACCGACACUGUAGGCAGGUUUCUGGUUUUCUCCACACAUCUUCACGAUCUUUUGUUUUGUAUUUUUCCAAUAAGUAAUUCAAAGGGAAACCCAGGAAGGGUCGCUUGUCAGAACGGUCACACUCUUGAUUUCCUUAUAAGCAUGUUUUAUCGUGGAGAAGCUGACACAAAGGGAUUAGUUGGUGUCACUCAUGUUGCUGAUUGGUCCACGGAGGCUCUCCAAAGUCAAGCUUUGUGUUGGCUUCAAACACUUUGGCACUGCAGACCAUCGUAGGUGAGGUGGAGGUGUUGAAGGGAAUUUAGUAUGUGUGUAUUUUUAAACUGAAGUGCCAACAUUGUGACAGGCAAACGCGUAAAUCUCACAUUUCUUUGGUGACGAGCUGUACCUUACAUCCCUCCAAGUGACUGAACUGAAUCUAAAGUGAUCUGGCACUCAGAAAUACUGCACCGCUAGAAAGCCCCAGAAAGCUGCAUUAGUGAAGCGAGCUCAGAGUUCAGGCGACUGAAUGAUGAUGAUGAUGUUAAAGAGGGGGAGGAAUCCCGGUGUGGUUGUGCAGCGGAGAGCGGUGUGCAGAAAUCCUUUUUGUUUCAGUGCAUGUCAGACACGCAAAGAGCAAAGUUGAACCUGCUGUUAAUCAAAACACGGUAAAUCUGUACCUGAAGACGGGCUGUGCAGGCUUCAGCUGAGAGCUGGCUAAUGCUAGGGCGAGCACUGUGCGGAUACAUUCAGUCAUUAUCGUAGUAGCCAGUGUGAGCCACGCUUCUUCAGAUGUUACAUGAUUUAGAAGAAGUUGGAUAUCAGCUGACUUCCCUGCCAAGGUCAAAGAUCACCUCUUCCUGCUUUAAGAGCUGUCGCUAAGACUGCUAGCACAAAGGCUUUCACAGUGGCAGUAGCAGGUGUUCAGUCAGUCAGCAAACAGUCACUGUACACUCAGUCACACAGAGGUUUCUGUGGUGUUUGGAGAGGUCAUUUAUUUUUUAUUUAACCAGGUUAGUAUAACCAUCCUCUGUUCCUCUGCCUGUCUGAAAGAGCCUGUGAUGGACGGCUGGCUGUCAGAAAGAAAGCAGAAGUGUAAAGUGGCUCGCUGUGGUGAAGGAGCACAUGCUCCACCACAGACACGAGCAUCAGACUCGCUGUAAGGUCUGCUGGAAACAAAGAUGGAAGGUUCGCUCUUCUGAAACUCACUCGUGUACCGUCUGCACAUAGAAAACACUUAGAGGCACAGGUACAGUCAGCUGUUGCGUGUAACUGACCUGUCUGUUACUAGCCACAGAGCGCUAAGCCACGGCAGUAAGGUUCUCUUUAUAAACCGCUCGCUCACCGUGCUGAUGUCUGUCACAGAGCAAAGACACUGAAGGAAAGAGACCAGCAUUAGCUCCUCUGCAGGAACCAGGUACCCCGAGGGCAGUGACUGCAAAUGUACUUUAGACCUUUCAUGGCAGUAGUCGAUGUAAUUGGCAGUUCACUGUUUGCUUUUCCUGGUUUACGAUUACUGCCAACUCUGAAUUGAUUAAUGCUUGAUAGAAACUAACAUAUAAACAAAUAUUUCAGCAUUAGGUGAAUUAGUCUUUUAUAAAGGGUGCCUUACUCCUCACAGGUAAAUGUGGGCUGUAGCUGACAGAGUGCAUGUGAUGGCUCACCUGAAUCCAGCUCUCAGUACCUCAGAUGUCCACACAGUGGCACCAGCUGACAGACUGGCGCCGUCUGAUUGGAUGAGAGCUGACGCUGCACCUCUCUUGGUGCUAACGUCGCCCUCUGGUGUUACCUGUGGAGUCUUACUGCACACACACACAGCAGAUGUCUCGCUGGUUUCAGUUGGUUUUACGUGAACACGAGUAGGUGACGACUUCACAUAGAGAUGCUGCAAUAACCCGAGCAUGACGAGCUUUCACAUACGAUAAAGACAUGACGGUGGUGGAUUUGUCCUGAGGACUUCAGUGUUGUUAGGAAAAAUGACGACAACAAUAAUAAUAGUUUUACAGUGUUUUAGAACAAGCACAAGGCAGAUGUCUUAAUAUAGUUAGCAUUAAUAUUCUGGAGGGAAAUAUCAGAUUGAUUUAAUGGUUCUGAUCUGGAGGGAUUCUAUUACUGAUGAUGUAGAUGGAAAAAGAGAAAAUGUUUUCUUUCUUGUUUUGGUUGUGAAUAAUUAAACAAGUUGAUUUGAA